AUGGAGUCCUCGCCGGCGACGGUAACCCCGGCUCCUGCAGCAAUGUCGGAGGCGCCGGCGACGACGAGGCCGAGGGACCCGGGUUUGUUCGGAAGCUUCGACCUUCCCGCCGCCUGGGGAUGCCGCCGGCCCAUGGCUUUCUGCAGGGACCUGGAUGCCCUGGGCGGCUCAGAACCCCACGCCGCGGCCGCCGUCGCAGCAGUAGCCGUGGAGCCCACGCGUAACGCCGCCCGAUCGCCGCCGAGAGGAGCGGGGUUCCAGCACGGUCCUCUGGCGGCGGCGGCGGCGGCCGGAGCGGCACAGGAAGCUCCGCGGAAGCACUGGAACCUGCGUGACCGGAAGGGCGGGCGGGACGGCGGCGACGACGCGCAGCAGAACAAGAUGCUCUGGAACAUGGAUGGCGCCGACGGCGGCGGCAGGGCAGGCCGCGGGUUCACGGUGGAGCUGACGCGCCAGGAGAUCGACGCCGACUUCUAUGCGAUCACCGGCCGGAAGGCGCCGCGCAAGCCGGCGAAGCGGCCCAGGAACGUCCAGCGCAAAAUCGACACGAUUUGCCCUGGGAACUCGCUCUGGGAGGUGAGCCGUGAUCGCUACAAGGUGAACGAGAAGGGAGGAUUCUGAGUUUGCUACCAGAAGAAGGAGGAGAUGGAUUUCCGAGAAGCAAGAUCAACCAUUGGCUUAUGUUAGUUAUAGACAAAAGAGAGAUUCAGACUGUCAGUCUGUCGAUCCUUAAUGCAGUUGAUGAUAAUGUAUCUCUCUCAGACCUUAAUGCCCCAUGAAUGUUGUGUAGUUCUUUUACCUGACUGUUGGGUUUUGCUUCUCGCUUUCGUGAUGCCUGGUACUUCUUUCUUUCUUCAUGUCUAGUUCGGAUUACAGUUUGCAGAAGAAUUUCGAGUCUUUACUUCUGGACAGACAUGACAGGUUAUUGAUUAAUUCUGGGUGGUAUGAAAUCCUUGGCAUUGGUUUCAAUCCGGUUCUUCUGUGUUGCAUCUCGAUUGCAAUUUCAGUUCCUAGCUAUAUAUCUUAAACCAGGUUUAUGUA